AUGGCGGCUUUCAAUGAUUCAAUAUUCUACGCGAUCAGAAAAUAUGGCCCAUAUUUACAUCGGCAAAGUGUAGACGAACGCGGGGUAAAAUCCAUAGAUGUUUCACACUUCAAUUACAUCGCUCCACUUCUGAUUAUUAUUUUUGAUUUUCUAGUUCAAUUCUACAAUGUGUUCUUUAUCAUAAGUGGAAAAUAUUUGAAAAAAGGCCCAUUUUUUGCGAUGCUUUUGAUUAUGUCAAUAAGCAUCCUAAUUCGAAGUUCAAUCGUGAUAUUCAGUUAUUUUUCACUAGCAUUCAGGAUGAAUCUAAGCUUCAACUAUGCUUUGUAUAUCGAUUAUUUCUCAAGCUUCUUCUCACUUCCCAUAAUCUUUCUAAUGUCACUAAACAGAUAUCUAUGUUUUGUUUCAAAUUAUUAUAAUUCAAUGAUUUUUGAGAGAAAUAAUUAUUUGAUCUUCGUAAUAUUUUCGAUUUUUUGUAUUUCAUGCGCUGCAACUUUUGGAACUAUUAAAACUUCUGGAAUUGAGCGAGAUUUUUAUAGUGGUGUUGGAUUUGUUGAUUAUUAUUUGGAGCCUGGUUACAAAACAUCAAUCGCAAGAUCAUUUUAUAUUUUCCCAUUGGGCUCGACAAUUUGUUACAUUCUUCUAUUCCUACAUCUGAAACAACAAUCAAAAUUAGUUAUGAUGUCUACAAGAAAUGUUGAGCAAAAAGUGUUUGCUCAACUUCUAAUCACCGCUUUAUUCUAUGGAUUGAUGUCUAUAUUUUUCGAAGCUGUUGAAUUUUUAUAUGACGUCAUAGAUAAUUAUCAAAUUAUUUAUUUGAUAUCUAUGCUGAAUAUUAUAAAUUAUCUGCCGGAAAUUUCACUUCCUCUAAUGCUUAUGAUGUCUACUUUCAAAUUUUCAUUGAGAAAAGUUGUUCAAGAUGUUCCGAAAAGUACAACUGCUUCGAUUUUGAAUAGAUAA